AUGACAGCAGGAACUGUUGUUAUCACCGGGGGAAUCCUAGCGACGGUGAUCCUACUGUGCAUCAUUGCUGUGCUCUGCUACUGUAGGCUACAGUACUACUGCUGUAAGAAAAAUGACUCUACUGAGGAAGAGGAGGAGGAGGAGGAGGAGGAGGAAGAGGAAGAGCCCGACCUGCCCACGCACUCGCACCUCGUGGUGUGCAAUGCCUGCAGCUCCCGCAUGGUUGACGGGCAGGGCAGCCCCGCACCGCCCAGCGAGCUCAACCAGCACGGGGCCCACCCCUUCUGCCCGAGCUGCUCCCCCUACGGCUCCCCCUUCUACAUCCGGACUGCCGACAUGGUGCGCAACGGGGGCGACAGGGUCACCUACACCCCGGCGUGCUGCAAGGAGAUGGGGCCGCCCCUCGGCAUGGCCACCCUGCAAAGCCACACGCUGAGCCGCCACGGCCUCCUCCGCGACUGCGUCCCCAACCCGCGCGCCAUCAGCACCGACGUGUAGGCGCCACUGCCACCGGCACAGGGUGUCCCCAGCUGGUGCUCCAUCCAGGGAAGGGGUUUGUCACUUGUCUUUGAGGAGAGCAGCCCACAGCCCAGCCCCGGGCCAGCACGGUCCUGCUGAGCCGCUGGACACGGCCGAGCCUCACGGGCCGGAAGGCGAGCGAGACCUCCAAGGGCAACGCUGAACCGGCCGCCGCCGAAUCCAUCAUAAGUGUCAUUAUUCUCUACUCUCUCUCCCAAAGGGACUUGUCUAACGAGGGCUAUGUACAGUACAACCUAAUUUAAUUACCCCCGGCCCCCUGAGCCCAGCGAGGCCUCGGGUGUCCCCACACAGCCACCAGAGGUG